GCGGCGGCGGGGAGCUGUGGAGUGGAAUGCCAUGGCCAGUUCCUCGGACAGUGAAGAUGACAGUUUCAUGGCUGUGGACCCAGAAGAAGCAGUGGUGGAAGGACCAAUGGAGCAAGACGAUGAGCCACAUGCUGAGCUGGAGGUUGAGGAGACCAGGCAUAACCGAUCGAUGUUGGAGCUGCCAGAAGAGGUUUUAGAAUACAUCCUGUCCUUCCUCUCGCCAUACCAGGAGCACAAAACCGCUGCCCUUGUCUGCAAACAGUGGUAUCGCCUCAUCAAAGGUGUGGCACAUCAGUGUUAUCAUGGCUUUAUCAAGGCGGUCCAAGAAGGAAAUAUUCAAUGGGAGAGUCGCACGUAUCCCUAUCCUGGAACCCCAAUCACACAGCGCUUCUCACACAGUGCAUGUUACUAUGAUGCUAAUCAGUCAAUGUAUGUGUUUGGUGGCUGCACCCAGAGCAGUUGCAAUGCUGCGUUCAAUGACCUCUGGAGACUUGACCUCAAUAGCAAAGAGUGGAUCCGGCCUCUGGCAUCAGGUUCUUAUCCGUCACCUAAGGCUGGGGCUACUUUAGUGGUGUAUAAGGACUUGCUUGUGCUGUUUGGUGGGUGGACGCGGCCAAGCCCCUACCCUCUGCACCAGCCGGAGAGGUUCUUUGAUGAAAUACAUACCUACUCGCCUUCCAAAAAUUGGUGGAACUGCAUAGUGACAACGCACGGCCCCCCUCCCAUGGCAGGCCAUUCCUCUUGUGUAAUAGACGACAAAAUGAUUGUCUUCGGAGGUUCCCUAGGAUCUCGGCAAAUGAGUAAUGACGUCUGGGUUCUGGAUCUCGAGCAGUGGGCUUGGUCCAAGCCAAACAUCUCUGGGCCUACCCCUCACCCGCGUGGCGGCCAAUCUCAGAUCAUAAUAGAUGAUGAAACCAUUUUAAUCCUUGGUGGUUGUGGCGGCCCAAAUGCACUGUUUAAGGAUGCCUGGCUACUGCACAUGCGCACCAACCCCUGGACCUGGCAGCCAUUGAGAGUGGAAAACGAAGACCAUGGAGCCCCUGAACUAUGGUGUCAUCCCGCAUGCAGGGUGGGACAGUGUGUGGUGGUCUUCAGCCAGGCUCCCAGCGGGAGAGCUCCACUUAGCCCCAGCUUGAACUCUCGCCCGUCUCCUAUCAGUGCCACACCGCCAGCCCUGGUUCCGGAAACACGGGAAUACCGCUCUCAGUCUCCAGUCAGGAACGCCGACGAAGUUCCUUGUGUGAAUGGCCGCUGGGGCACCCUGAGACCCAGAGCACAAAGACAGACCCCAUCAGGCUCCCGGGAAGGGAGCCUGUCCCCAUCCAGAGGAGAUGGGUCACCUGUACUGAACGGUGGGAGUUUAUCCCCUGGAGCCGCAGCAGUGGGGGGUGCCUCAUUGGACAGUCCUGUACAGGCCAUAUCGCCCAGCACGCCUUCUGCUGCUGAAGGAUAUGACCUGAAAGUUGGACUUUCCCUGGCGCCGAGACGAGGAUCGCUACCAGAUCAGAAAGAUCUACGCUUAGGGUCUGUCGAUUUGAAUUGGGAUCAGAAACCAGGUUCUGUUAGCUGUCAAAUGGAUGCUGUGGACAAUAGGACAGUUGGUGGAAGCAUGAGAAAUCCCCCAGAGCAGACAAAUGGAAUCCAUACCCCACCUCAUGUCACUAGUUCCCUUCCAGGGGCGGUGUCGCCAGGUGCGCUCCGAAGAAGCCUGGAGGCUGUCAAGGCCCUGUCUUCCAAAGGUGCAUCUGGUUCAGCAGCAUUAAGUCCUCCUUUGGUGUCUUCACCAGGAUCCCCGGGUAGCCAGAGCGGGAGCAGUGCCGAGGUGGCACCAGCACCACGCCCAGGCUCUGCCCAAGGGGACGGCCACUCCUUACCUCCGAUCGCUCGUCGCUUGGGCCACCAUCCACCGCAGUCUCUGAAUGUCGGCAAGCCUUUGUAUCAAAGCAUGAACUGCAAACCCAUGCAGAUGUAUGUGCUGGACAUUAAAAACACCAAGGAGAAAGGGCAAGUCAAAUGGAAAGUGUUUAACAGCAGUUCCGUGGUGGGGCCACCAGAGACCAGCCUACACACCGUAGUGCAAGGCAGGGGGGAACUGAUCAUAUUCGGUGGCCUAAUGGACAAGAAACAGAACGUGAAGUACUAUCCCAAAACAAAUGCCUUGUACUUUGUGCGAGCAAAAAGAUAAUGUGGCAAAAGCUGUUCGACCCCUUCCCUUCCUGCCCCACCCCCUUUCCAUGGCUUUCUUUUUUUAACCCUUCCUCUGUCACGCAGGCAUUUAAACUGUGAACUAGGGAACGACAAACCAAUAAAAUCCAAACACAAUUUC